AUGCCUCCAUUCAUCCCCCCACUCUAUGACCCUUCCAAGACAGUCCCCGCCCUGUCCUCCGAGCGCGCACUCGUCUCCUUCCCCGUCGAGUCUCUCACUCAAUUCCUUCACGGCUCGAUCCUGGAACCCCAACGCCGGAUCCGAACCCUCCUCGAGUCAGACCCAGUCUUUUCCAAUGCCGAUAAGCCCUUCCUGAGCCGCGAAAAGAUGUAUGUCCGUUCGCUUGAGAAGGCAGCAAAGUUGGUGGAGAUGAGGAAGAGGAAUGGAUGGAGUGAGGAGGAUAUGAUGGUCGCUAUGCGUAUGCUUGGAGAUUCUACUCCCCAGUUCUUGCAUGAGGCAUUGUUCAUUCCUACUUUGAGGACGCAGCUGUCGGAUGAGCAGCAAAAGAUCUGGCUCCCCAAGGCGGAGAAUUACGAGAUCUUUGGAUGUUACGCGCAGACAGAGUUGGCCCAUGGAAGCAACUUGCGCAAGUUGGAGACAACCGCCACAUUCAUCCCCGAGACGGACGAGUUUGAGAUCAACACCCCCACCAUCAACUCCAUGAAGUGGUGGCCUGGCGCCCUGGCCCAGUCCAGCACCCACUGUGCCAUCUACGCCCGUCUGAUCCUUCACGGCAAGGACUAUGGCGUCCAUCCCUUCCUACUCCAGAUCCGUGCCCCCGGCACUCAUGACCCUAUGGCGGGCAUCGAGUUGGGUAACCUGGGCAACAAGAUUGGCUUCAACACCAUCGACAAUGGAUUCCUCCGUGUCCACAAUGUUCGUAUCCCACGCUCGCAGAUGAUGAUGCGCAACUCCAAGGUCACACGCGAUGGCAAGUACGAGCCUGCCAAGAACGCCAAGAUGAACUACUCGACCAUGGUGGCCAUCCGUGCCAACAUUGUUCGUAAUGCCGGUUUUGCACUCGGUCAGGCUUUGACGAUUGCGAUCCGGUACUCGAUGGUUCGUCUUCAGGGUGGAGACCGGAUCCCUUCUCAUAAGGGUGAGGAGAUCAAGAUUAUUGAUCAUGGGAUGCAGAGGUUCCGCUUGACGACCUCGUUGGCGCUCAGCUAUGCCAUGUUGAUGACGGGUCGGGUCAUGUUUGAGAUGCAUCGUCGUAACUUGGAGAAUGUCAUCCAGGGUGAGGUUGGACUCAUGGCUGAAGUUCAUGCGACCUCUUCGGGACUCAAGGCAUUGACCUCGGAUCUUGCGACCGCCCAUAUGGAGGAUGCUCGUCGUGCCUGUGGUGGGCAUGGUUACUCGUGGUGCGGUGGUAUUGUGGACAUCUUGACCACUACCCUCCAGGAUGUCACCGUCGAAGGUGAAAACACGAUUCUUCAUCUUCAGACGUCGCGCUGGUUGCUCAAGACCAUCUUGGCGGCUUUGAAGACCAAGGAUCUAUCUGCCGUCCCCGCCGGAUUGAGACUCGCCCUCCAGGACGCCAACGCUCUCGAGCAAGAACGUGCCACCAUCGUCCCCGGUCAGCCCGUCAGCGGCGAGACCCUUGUUGCGGCCUUCUGGCACCGCGAGGCCCGUGUUCUCCAGGAGGUCGUCACCCGUAUCCUCAAGGACGGGUCCGGCGAGGAGGCAAUGGCAAAAUCCCAGGUGCGUAUGGUUGAGCUCUCCAGAACCCAUGGUGAGGGUAUGCUGGUCCGCAACUUUUUCGAGGCCCUUGCCAAGGAGGAGCAGACUAUUGUGUCCAAGGGUCAGGACCCCAGCAAGGGUUUCUUACCAGUGCUGAAGCAGCUUGCAGAGCUGCACGCGAUCCACCGUCUGUUGGAGCAGGCGGGCGAUUUCACGGAGGAUGGAUAUGUUUCGAGACGCCAGGUGGUGUGGUUGCGUGAGCGUCGGGAUGUGUUGAUUGAUGGGUUGAGGUAUGAGAUUAUUGGACUUGUAGACGCGUACGAUCUGUCGGAUAACCAGUUGAACAGCGCGAUUGGGCGGUAUGAUGGACGGGUGUAUGAAUCGUUGUAUGAGUGGGCCAAGUACGGGAUGUCGAUUAUGGAGAAGGGCAGUCAGGGUGGAGUGCUUGGGUUUGAUGAGGUCCUGAAGGAUGUCCUUGCGGAGGGGCGUCGUAUCAAUGGUGUUGUUGUUACUCCUAAGCUGUAG